CUUCUGACUUACAUUUUGUAUUAUUUCCUACAGACCUUUAUUUUGCUACAUACGUGAUAUGACGUCAUAUGGGCUGCGGCGCACUCAGACUGCUGUGAAAUUUGGGUUCCCUUUACGGUUUAAGUAAAACCCCAGCUGAGAUCUGAGUGGCAUAUUAUUGUAAAGAUGGAGUUGAUUAAAGAGGAGAGAGAAGACAUGAGUGAGGCAGUAGCAUGCAGAAUGAAAGAUGAAGAUACAGAGGAACAAAGAGGCUUGACAGAAGUGAAAGAGGAAAAUCAAGAACUGAAUGAAGUGGAGGAGAAAGAUCCAUAUGAGGAACCUCAUCAUUUCAUAAAUGGAGAACAAUCUUGUAGUUGGUCACAAAAUGACAAUAAUCCUUCACAAGAAACAGCUCAGAGAUCAGAAGACAAAAACUCUUUCACUUGCUCUCAGUGUGGAAAGAGUUUCACACGCAAAGGACACCUGAAGAUUCACAUGAUAAUUCACACAGGUGAGAGGCCGUACACAUGCCCUCAGUGUGAGAAGAGUUUCACAUGCAAAGGAAGCCUUAAGGAUCACUUCAAAAUCCACUCUGGAGAGAAGCCUUUCACAUGUCCUCAGUGUGGAUGGAGUUUUGCACGUCAAGAAGACCUUAAGAGGCACAUAAGAAUCCACACUGGAGAGAAGCCUUUCACAUGCUCUCAGUGCGGAAAGUGUUUCACAAGUUCAGGAGACCUUAAGAGGCACUUGCGAAUUCACUCUGGCGAAAGGCCUUUUACCUGCCCUCAGUGCGGAAAGAGUUUCACGCAAAAGGAAGGUCUUAAGGAACACACCAAAAUUCAUUCUGGAGAGAAGCUUUUCGCAUGCAUGUUGUGUGGGAAGAGUUUCACACAUCAAAGAAGCCUGAAAAGGCACAUGAAGGUUCAUUCUGGAGAGAAAUUACACCAGUGCUCUGAGUGUGGCAGGAGAUUUGCAGAAGCUGGCAAUCUCAAAACUCACCUGCUGUCUCACACUGGAGAAAGACCAUUUAACUGUGAGCGGUGCGAUAAGAAGUUUUUUUUGGCCGUACACUUAAAAACACACAUGAGGAUUCAUGAAGAUGAAACACGUUACGUGUGUUCUUUUUGUGGGAAGAGUUUUUUGUGGCUUAACGGGUUUAAAGAUCAUCAGAAAACACAUAUUGGUGAUAAACCUUAUGUGUGUUUGGAAUGUGGAAGCAAUUUUACUAGAGCUGGUGAACUGAAAGUGCAUGAACGAAUCCAUACUGGAGAAAAACCUUACAAGUGUUCACAUUGUGAAAAGAGUUUCACUCAGUCAGGAGCCUUGAAAAUUCAUGAGCGAGUACAUACUGGAGAGAAGCCGUACCUCUGCCCUUCAUGUGGAAAGACUUUCAGCCGAUAUGGAAAUCUAGGGAAACAUUUAAAAAAGGCUUGCCCAAAGUUGAGAAACUGAGCAAAGUUCACCUUUAAGUAGAGCUGCACGAUUCUGGAUAAAUUGAGAAUCACAAAUUUUUGUUUUAAAUAGAGAUCACAAUUCUCCCACGAUUCUGAACAGACAACUAAACAAAAUAACGUUAUUUACUAGAGGUUCUAACAAAAUGUUAAUUGCUGCAGUCUCUUUAAGAUGUUUUAUUAAUUUGAAUGAAUUAUUUUUUUAAAAAUCAGCUUAAAUGAACGAUUCAAUGACUCACUCAUAAAUACUUCACUUGUUUCAUUACUGGAUGAAUCAGCGUUUUUUAAACAAAUCUCUUGAAUAAAUGAUUCCGUGACGAAUACAUUUUUAAAAGUCACUUGUUGCCAUCUUCUGGUGUAACAAUGUCAUUGAUACAGUCUUUAUUUGAAGAGGCAAGUUGCUUUCAGAAUGUAAUUUGCUUUAUUAUGAUUGCUUCCAUAGACAUCAGUGAUUUUAUCAAAACCAUAAACUUUUAUCCCAGUACAUAUGUGAUCAUUUGAAUAUUUCUAACAGACAUAAUGAUACUGUGUGGUUGAAAGGACUGUGAAGCUGUUUCAUACAUCCAGUGUUCCGGUGUAAUUUUGUCAAAAUGUUUGAAUUGAGAUCGCAAUCUUUUUACGAUUAAUUGUGCAGCUCUACCUUUAGGUCAAAUUCUUGGACAGAAUAUCUUCCAAAAAGGAUUUUUGGAAAUUUAGGUAGAGGAAUAUUAAGGGAGGCUAAAGUGUGUUUCUGUGAAAUGCUACAAAAUUUUUAGGGAUGCUUUAAGAGAAUAGCAAUAUUCUAAAUUACUUUAGAAUUGGUCAAACAAUGCCAAUAUAAGUCGGUUAUUCCUUCUUAUUUCCUUUAUCAUAUCUUUAAAAUGUAAUUUUGGUGAUCAUAGUUCUUCAGAGAAUAACUGAAGAGACUUUCAAUGAGAUCAUUUUAAAAAUUUGAGUGCUGUCCUAUUGUAAGCUUAACCAGACAACUACUAUUAUUGUGUGGAUGAAACUUCAGUAUUCCUACUUUGUUUUUAUUUGCAAAAAUCAUGGAAAGAAGACAAAUACAUAUUUGACGAUUUAAUCCAAAGCAACUUACUAAUGAGGAAAACAACAAAUGAAUUAUCUUAAAGGAUUAGUUCACCCAAAAAUGAAAAUUCUGUCAUUAAUUACUCACCCUCAUGUUGUUCCCAACCCGUAAGACCUUCAUUCAU